AUGGAGGAUUUGGGAGUGCCUGAGCCACUUAACUACCCUCUCAGUCCUCGCAUUGUUGUCUUUGACGCCCUCCUGGCCGAUUUGGAGAACACGGGCUCCCCUCUCGCUCGAUGUCCGGUCCUCCUGACAUCGGAUCCGCCGAGUCACGAUCCAGUUAAGCAGAAUCCGGGCGAGGUCCGGCCGCCUCCGCCUGCCUACACCCCGCAGCAGACGGUUUCAGCAGCAAUGAAGACAUCCCAAAAUUCCACUCCUGACAAACUAUACAGCACAGUGUGUAAAUCCCGCUCUCCCCGCUCAGCUGAUACUCCUCCUCCUCUCCCUCCCCCUCCGGCAUUUUCCUCCUCAUCGCUGCUCGGAGGGGGUCUGAGUGAACUGGACCAUCUGCUUCAGGAGUUGAACGCCACCCAGUUUAACAUCACAGAUGAGAUCCUGGCUCAGUUUCCUACUUCUAAAGAUGAGAAGAUGAAAGAUAAGGAAUCCGGCGCGAAACCUUCAGCGACAUCAGCUACAUUGGAGUUGGAUAAACUGAUGGCGUCGCUUUCCGACUUCCGCGUCCAAAGCACUCCAGCUGUGCCCGCCAGUCCGGUGAUCACGACAACGACACCCACCGCAGCGGUAGCAACACCACAACAGCAGCAAAAACCGACACAACAUCCACAACCUUCGUCUGAAGGCUCAUUGGACAGCAUGCUAGGGCUCCUACAAUCGGACCUGAGCCGGCAAGGGGUCCAAACAUCUUCCAAAGGAAACUGCUCCGCUUGUCAGAAGCCGGUUGUGGGUCAGGUGGUAACAGCAUUGGGCAAAGUGUGGCACCCGGAGCACUUUGUGUGCACGGAAUGCGAGACGGAGUUGGGCAGCCGCAACUUUUUCGAGAAGGAUGGGCGGCCGUACUGCGAGUCUGACUACUUCACACUCUUUUCCCCUCACUGCGCCCAAUGCAACAAGCCCAUACUCAAUAAAAUGGUGACAGCCCUGGAAAAGAACUGGCACCCGGAGUGUUUCUGUUGCGUCAAGUGCAGCGGCACGUUUGGCGAAGAAGGCUUCCAUGACCGUGAGGGCCAGCAGUACUGCCAGCAGUGCUUCCUGACUUUGUUUGCUUCCCGCUGUCAAGGCUGCACUCAACCCAUCCUGGAAAACUACAUCUCAGCCCUUAACUCUCUGUGGCACCCGCAGUGCUUCGUAUGUAGGGAGUGUUACAGCCCCUUCGUGAACGGCAGCUUCUUCGAGCACGAGGGGCAGCCUCUGUGCGAGGCCCACUACCACCAGUCGCGGGGCAGCGUGUGCCAGGCAUGUCAGCAGCCCAUCCUGGGCCGUUGCGUCACCGCCAUGGGGGCCAAGUUCCACCCACACCACCUUGUGUGCCACUUCUGCCUCAAACCAUUGAGCAAAGGGUGCUUCAAGGAGCAGGAGAACAAGCCGUACUGCCAUCCUUGCUUUAUCAAGCUCUUCGGUUGA